AUGAUCAUCCAGGGCGGCUCCCCGCAGGCCUUGGCCAGAGUGAUGGUCUAUCAGGACCAAGGAUGCACCCGCACCCGCCCCGUCAACGCCUCCGAUAGCUGCUGGUCGAUCGCCGAGGAGGAGGGCCUGACCGUCUACGACCUCAAGGCCAAGAACCCGACCCUCGACUGCACCGCCAUCAAGGCCGUCAACUACCCCGUCUGCGUCGAGUCCCAGCCUCUUGGAGCGGUUGUAUACAACGGCACCUGCGUCACCAAGGACAUUGUCGGCGAUGGCGACUCGUGCUUCACCAUCGCCAACCGCAACAACAUUGACGUCAAGGACCUCCAGAACGCCAACUUUAUCAACUGCGACCAGCCUGUCGUCGGCCAGCCCGUCUGCAUCCCCUCGCUCAUCACCAGCCGUUCGCUCAUGGCCCCCGGACAGGGCGGCGGUGUCAUCACCCUGACCCCAGGCAUGAACAUCACCCUGGCCGGGUGCUUGAAUGCCCUCGUGACCGGAGCCAACGACACCUGCCUGUCGAUCGCCGGUUCGUACGGAAUGGAUGUUGCCACCCUCACCAGCAUCAACACCCAGAUCAACAACACCAUUUCCUGCGCCAACCUCCCUGCCGGCACCGGUAUCUGUGUCAAGAGAGACCCUUCGCUCCAGCUCAAGACCUCUGACAUCGUCACCACCCGCGCCGACUCGAUCAACUGCAUCUCGUACUACCAGAUCGCCAAGGGCGACACCUGCGCCAGCAUCAUGACCAAGAUCAACGCGACCUUUGCCAACCUGCUGGACAUGAACCCUUUCCUGAACUGCUUCGGCCUGUUGCCUUCCAGUACGAUCUGCAGUUCGCGCCAGCCUCGGGCCAACGUCACCUCUGCCUCAAGUACCCUGCCUAUCCCGACCUUCACCAUCACUGGACUGAGCGGCAUCAAUGGAUGCACCGUUGGUGUCAUUGUGGGGCCCAAGGACACCUGCCCAUCGAUUGCGUCGGCCGCCAACAUCUCCCUGACGCAGCUCAACAGCCUCCAGACUAACCAGACCUUUGACUGCUCGUCGCUCAAGGUCGGCUCGACUGUCUGUGUUUCGAACCAGCCCGUCACCCAAACCAUCCGCAACAUCAUCGCCAGCCAGCAAAACUCCACGUCCUCGACUGCCUCGUCGACCCGCUCCUCAACCAGCACCACCAAGACCACCACAACCACUUCGGCCGUCGCUCAAGCCACAACCGAUGCCCCUGCCCCGGCUCCCACCACCACCAACGCUUCACCCCCUCCUCCUCCGCCCCCUCCUCCUCCGCCGCCGCCACCGCCGCCGCAGAGCAAUUCGAUCGAUCCCGGCUCUGCCGUCUCGAUCCACAACUACUACCGCGCCCAGUUCAGUGUCCCGCCGCUCUCCUGGGACGACGGACUGGCAGCAAGUGCCCAAGGCGCUGCCCAGGUGAACGCCGAUACCUGUCAGCUGCAGCAUACCAGCACCGGUGAAAAUCUGUACAUCACCUGGGGCGGCGGCCAGUCCAUCAACGAUGCUGUUGGCGCGUGGUGGAGCGAAGGCCUGCAUCUCUACAACCACUACACUCAGCUCAUGUGGUCCAGCUCGCAGUCCGUUGGCUGUGCCCUCGCCACCAGCUCAUCCUGCGCCGUUAUUGCUUGUCAUUACAACCCCAUCGGAAACAUCUCGCCUCUCCUUCCGUACUAA